UUGAUUCAUAAAGGGCACACACCUUCCUGGAGACCUCCCUCACACACGAGGACAGGAAUCCUCUCUCUCUCUUCAGCCUCGGCCUCUUCCGGUCUAUGCCCGAUAUAUAUUAUUCGGCAUGGAUACAAAAGUCAUAUCCUCGGGGAUUCGGUUCUUGACUCUCCCGGAGAGCUAUGUGAGACCGGAGUCGGAGCGUCCCAGAUUGUCCGAGGUCUCCACCUGUGACAAUGUCCCGGUCAUCGACUUAGGCAACGAGGACGGAGCAAAUAUCGUUGACCAAAUCGGCUAUGCCUGUACAUACUAUGGCUUUUUCCAGGUGAUAAACCAUGGAGUGUCGGAGGAGGCAGUGGAGAGGAUGCAGAAGGUGGCGUGGGAGUUCUUCGACCUGCCGAUCGAAGAGAAACUGAAGCUCUACUCCGAAGACCCUACAAAGACAAUGAGGCUGUCGACAAGUUUCAAUGUGAACAAGGAGAAGGUCCACAACUGGAGAGACUACCUCCGUCUCCAUUGCUACCCUCUCGACAAGUACGUACCCGAAUGGCCAUCCAAUCCCCCUUCCUUCAGGGAAAUUGCGAGCAACUACUGCAAAGAAGUGAGGGAGCUAGGUCACAGAAUAGAGGAGCUGAUCUCGGAGAGCCUUGGGCUCGAAAAGGACAUCGAGAGGAAGAUCUUGGGGGAGCAAGGCCAGCACAUGGCCGUGAACUACUACCCCCCCUGCCCUGAGCCGGAGCUAACCUACGGUCUGCCUGGUCACACCGACCCGAAUGCCCUCACCAUUCUCCUCCAAGACCAAGACGUUGCUGGGCUCCAAGUCCUUAAGGAGGGCAAGUGGCUUGCUGUUAACCCAAUACCAAAUGCUUUCGUCAUCAACAUAGGUGAUCAGCUGCAGGCGCUGAGUAACGGGAGAUAUAAGAGCGUGUGGCAUCGGGCUAUCGUCAAUGUUGACAAGCCAAGGCUUUCGAUUGCGUCGUUCCUCUGCCCAUGUGAUGAUGCACUCAUCCGCUCGCCAGCAGCACUCACCGAAGAGGGUUCAGGUCCCGUGUACAGAGAUUACACAUAUGCGGAGUACUACAAGAAGUUCUGGAGCCGGAAUCUAGAUCAAGAGCAUUGUCUCGAGCUUUUCAAGAACGAGAAGUAGUCCAAUAAAUAUGUUUUUACGUUCAUGCAUAACUUCCAUACCAAGGUUAGCGCGGUUAAUAAUAUCAGCCCAAGUAUUAAUUACACGACCUUGACUAUCAACUACAGAUUGGUUGAAAUUGAAACCAUUUAGGUUGAAAGUCAUAGUGCUGAUACCUAAAGCAGUAAACCAGAUACCUAUUUGAUAUGGAUAAUUAUUUAAAAGCAAAAAGAGGUACUUUACAAUUACUUUGACUGUUUGGUGCAAUCAAUUAUACUAUAGACUUCUCCCUUUUCUAUAGGGUUAUAUAAUUUGUCAUAAUUUGUGUAUUAUUAGGCACAUUGUUCUAAGAAAUAUACAGUAUGAUCUACUUCAAUGUU